AUCGACUGACAGCACCGAUGAUGUGAAUGUCAUAAUCUCACAGCACACGCGCACUGCUACUACCGCAGCUGGCCAGCAAACGUCUAGCACACAUAACGAAACUACGGCUGUUGCUAGUUCGGUCGUAGCAACCUCGACAUUCCCGGCAACUGAUGCAGGAACCUUUACGACCAGUCUAUUAACGUCUCUAGCAAACUAAUAACUACAUUAAUAUUUAGAUGUUAUUGAAGCCAGGGCUCCAUAGCACCAGGUAGUCAACAUAGCUUCAGGUCACUGAUAGUAAGUUCAGAUAGUCACUGCAAUCAUGAUUCAUCUUCUUUAAGACUUUCGUCUCUAUUUGAAGUACUAGACAAGUAAUAGGUGCUAGCUUCAACCUCAACCUCGACAACAACCUUCAUAGUAUGACACUUGCAGAGAAAACUACCGACAAGCUUCACGUGACACUUCGAGACCACAUUCUAAUAAGACGUCGCCGACAUCAGCAGUAGGUACCAUGAUGUCUACAACCGCAGCACCGUUGUCUACCACCGCGGCACAGGCGACGACUAUAAUAUUGACUCGCGCAGUGGAGAUAAAGAUGACGGUUCCGGAUGGCACCGAUAUUUCAGACCUUGCCAAGAAUGCGUCUAUCUUUUAAGGCUAGAAGGAGAAGUACAACAUGAUGAUUCUUAAACUGAUAGCUACACCAGUGAGAAGUAGAAGAUCAUGCCCGCUAAACUGGGUUUCACCACUUAUAUAUUAACAAAACAUGACGAAUUCUGGCUCUGGAAUUAUAAUACAUAGGUCAUCAUCAUAAGUCAACCAGCUUUAGCACUCAACAUCCACUAGGAAUCUAUUAAGCAGAACGACAAGAAAGAGCAGAGUAGUUAUAAGGCUCUAAUCUCUAGCUGCGUUGAAGCAAACUUUUGCCGACCACCUGAGUGUGCCUGUCGCGAAUGUGGUGGAUAUGAAGGUCACCGUUGAGGAGGAUAGUUCUUCUACCAUAUGGAUGAUGCUUUUUCCAUCCUUAGGACCAUCCUGGCACUCGUUUCAUCUCGCUGGUGAUCGAGAAAGAUCACUUGAGAUGCAUGCGUGACACGGUGGUCGGCCUAGAGGGAAAAAACGCUAUUCUUUCAUACACCACAGGCGCCGCUUUCCUGAACCUUGGACGUCGUGCUGAAGGAACAACUUCUACACUGCAGUCUGCGAAGUCCUCUACGCACAGGAAAAAACGUGGUACACCGGUGUCCAUGAAUAUUCAAGUUUCUGUAGCUGUUCCCGCAGCCAACGCGACAGCAGCAAAUGCUGCAUGGCCAGUUGGCUCCGUUCCUGCCUCGCUAGCCUUAAGACACUAGUACUCGGGAUGGGAAUCAAUCAAUUCACAGGUAGAUCAUGCUCUCCAAGAAGAUGAAUUCAGGCAAGGCUAAAGUAAGCUCUACAGAAGGACUUCUCUCCCAGAAGUAGAUGGACUUGUGGUGUCCCAGAAGUAGAUGGACUUGUGUCCCAGAAGUACUUGCAUGGACGUCUUUGCAACCAAGAUUAUGACCCUGAUGUUCUAUUUCCUAAACUCAUCUAACAGUUUCGUCGCUAGCAAGUAAUAUUGCCUCUGCUGUGCCAGGAGUAACGGUGGACACCUCGUCUGUUGCUGGUGUCACAGUCGCCGACGACUCGUCUACCACGACUUCUGCUGGUCCUGUUGUUACUACUGCUUAUGGCUCUACUUAGUCCUACUAGCCCUGCUAGCCAACCCGUAUGAAUCUACCGAAAUCACACCGAGAACACACCAUAACUUAUAGAGCUUCCUGGACUCCAUCUUGAGUGGCAUCCUGGGCUUGCUUUUCUCUUACAGGAUGGUCCCAAGAUGCUUCUGGAGAUGGAUUACCUGAAGCCUUAAAUAACGCGUUUUCUCUGAGUCUUGUUGCUAGUACUUCUCAGUAAUUUGCUUCUGAGUCCUCUCGUACCGGUAUUUUUCAAAAGCAAAUAAAAAUUGGGAAAAUGAAGAACGGAAAACUACUGUUUAAACAAGAAUGUUUUGUCUUCAAUAGAACAAGUUCCUUCUCACUUCAAUCCUUUUCUAACUAUGUCAAUCGAGGUUCCUUCUCACUUCAAUCCUUCUCUAACGACGACAGCCAGAAGUGACAUCGACUGCAAAGCCGAAGAGUGCGAUUCCGCUAGUCCCACUUAUCUCCGGUGAUGGAGAUCUUUCAUUUAUGAUCUUACUGUAUCCAAUAUUGAAUAUUCUUUAUUCUUACAGUGUCUUUUACCUACUAUCCUUCCUUUUUCUUUUCCUAGUUAGCUUGGCUCCACCCAUUUUAUUCUUACAGUGUAUUGAGUAUACUACAGUGUAUUCAGUAUCUAUGUAUAGAUACUAGUACUAUACAUGGGCUAUUCGUCUUUCAACAUGAUUCGUUCAGAUUCAGUGUGCUCUUAAGUUGGAAUUAGAUAAAAGUGUAAGUUCAAGGCACUCUGCUCAGAGAAGAUCUAGUAUCCCUGUCGCUGAGGCUAGAGGUAGACCAUGUUGUAUUCUUCAUAUUCUGAAGCAGCUACUACUUCUAACUCUCUACGUCUUUCGACAGGUUAUGCCUGUCCAUCCGCGACUGACGCAGCCUAUUUCGCGCGACGAGGCCCGUGCACAGGACGUCCACGUGGUUCGAUGGACACUGGAUUACCGGGAUUAUGAUUGGGUUUUUGAAUCAAAUCAUACAGCAUAUUAUUGGAUGCGUGUAUCAUCUCGAUAUUCCAAAAACGCUCAUCUGACUCUACUAUAUUUAGUCUAACGGCUGUGGUUUUUUUAUGUAUCUCUAAGAAGUUCAUAAAACAGCUUGUUCAACCAUCCUAUUUAAGCAGUUUUUUUCGAUUUUCCCCGUCUCUCUGAGGUGUUUCUAGCACACCUUGAUUGGCUUCUCCCUUUCUAGAAUAAGGUUGAGGUUUAGGUGGUCCAGCGGCGCUCAAAGCACUUUAUAUAGACUAAACUAAAAGUAGUUAGUUUUUACCUCUAGAGAUCUAGCCCUUUCAACCCCACAGUAUGUAUCUCGAACCUUCGACGCCGCAGGAGCUGUUGUAUCUCGAUAUUUCUGUGAGGAAGCGUGUCUCCGAUCCGAUGACUGCACCGCGUUUUCGCUGGAUCUGACUGCCUAUUUCGCAGGGAACGGUAGUGUCCAGGACAGAGACUCGCUUUGCUGCACACUUCAUGCCAACUGCACUUAAGGGAUUGCUUAGAAGGUUGUGGAACUCUUUCUCCAUCAUCUGGUGGUGCAAACCCUGCGUAGUUAUAAGUAGAAGUAGUUAUCAAGUGUACUCUAUAGACUGUAUUUCCUAGACAGGUCGGGCCUCGCGUGCAGCUCAAGCACAGCUCGGUCUAGUAAGGUAAAAUCAGUUUCGGCGUUCUCAUAGUCGUGAAUGCUCACCUCCUCGAGGCGAGCAACGUCCCAUCUCCAGUGUACUUACGAGGUUGAGGACUUGAUGUUCUCAUUCUCCUGGAAGAUGAAGCACUGCGCAGUAAAUUGUUCAAGUUCUAGUUUCUUCUCUGCAGUGUUUUUUCUACUCACCGCGGUCCGUCCUCUUCUAAUGGUUCCAGCCCACCUACGGCAAGAAAUCGGAUUCCGAAGCCUUGUAUCUUCUACUGGGGGAGCGUAUUCGGCCUGCAGAUCUGUCGAACGGAGUGAAUAUCAGCAGUGGCAAUCAGACGCAAGCAAGUCGCGUGAUGAGUAAUGCAGAUGCCGAUGUUCUACCUGAGUCUAGUUCGAGUGGAAGUGGUGCGGAAACUUAUCUUUUGCUACAGGAAAGGGCUCAGUUGGACGGAGCGAGUAGGAGAGUACUUUUAAGGGUAGAAGGCAGUAUCUUUAGUAGGUGUUUCUCCUAGAAGGCAGCAGCUUUAGUAAGUGUUUCACCUGUUUUUACCGUUUGUUUUUACUUAUAAUGGCUCUCGCUCCUAAUGUUAAGGGAGAUGAAAAGCUGCUAAGGAGAAAUGGGAACAGAAACACCAAAAGCCUGCACCACUAAUUAUACUCGACGAGUCUAGCUCUAGGGGCACCAGUGGGACUAGGAGUAGUAGAACAGGUCUUGGUGGCGAGCUCGAGCAGCUUCUUCCAGCUCCAAGAGGCAACGAAAAGGACGUUGUUCCCCUGAACCGUCCUACAGUUGCAUCUAUCGCUAGUAGGGCUGCGAGGAAUAGUGUUGCUGAUAGUAAAAAUAGAACGUCUCCUCGAGGAUCAUCUUCAUGUCCUGACUGCUCCCCACCACUGCUCGCUGCAGAUGUUGACGAGCAACACCGAAGAACAACGAGGAGCACACAGAAUCGCAGUAUAACUGUAGCACAUGUCAAGUCAGAAUCUACUGGGGGAACAUCUAUGAGCCUUCUGGAGCACCACAUGAUGAGAGGAAUCUUCUAUUUCUCAACGGAAAAAGGAGGCACAGUCGCUGCGCCACAGUACUUCCGCAUUGAUUAAGGCCAUGAGCAUAAUGAGCAGUAGCAGAUGUUUGUACUACAUGUUGUACUUACUCCGAACUACAAAGAGAACAAAGAGUCAAAAUCAAUGCAACAUCGAUAAAGUGUUGAACUCGAUUGAAAAGCAGUAGACUUAAUGUUGCCAGAGUGCGGUAAGGUUCCCUAUCCGUUAUCUAAUCUCUCCUACGAGGCGAUGGUGUGUCGUAUCGACUAGUGAGGAGAAUAAGGCUGUUCGACUUGCCACAAGCAGCCGUAGCUCCGCAUUUGGACGACCCUGGAACGAGGAUCAUCUUGCUCAGUGGUACUAAAAACUUGAACUUUAUCAUACUUUGGUAAAAAGUAUUCGUAUUGAUUCGUAAGUAUUCGUGUUGAUUCGUAGAAGAAGCUACGUCGAUUAUGAUUAUGGUAGCACGACCAGCACAUCCACAUCUUCUCAUUUAUAAUGAUUAAUUGUCACUUAAAAUGAAUGGAAAGGUGGCAACGGCGACGACUCGCAGAUGGAAGAAGUUGUUUGGCCGAUUGGAACCGGGGGGGGAAUCUCUAACACUGGAACCGACAUUCUACUGAGACCAGCACGUCAAAUCUGGGGAAUAGAAGUGCGAUCGACCACAGGAAAAGUAGCAAUUCGAGGCUUGCAUGUUGAUUAUGGACAUUAGAAGUAGAGUAGAAGAUCGAUGAUGAUGAUUCAUUAUACUUACUACCACUAGCUACUGCUACUCCCUUCAUAAACAUGAUGAUUUUGAUUGCUUUCUCUGACUUAUGUUCACUGUGCCCUCGGGACUACACGUCAUCCACCACUAAAGAACCACAAAGUAGUCACCAUAAUUUUUACUUCCGUGGUCUAGUUUUCUUGCUUCAGCUCAUCAAGCGCUGCACUAUUCUUAUUGAUUCUCAUAUUUCACUGUAGCUGCUAAUACUACAAACUAAUGGUUGUUCCCCUUUUUACUUCAGUGGCACGCUUGUUCAGUCAGUUACUUCAGUGGCACGCUUCAAUCAGUUUCUGCACCCUCUAACCUUCCGCCUCUUCUGCUGGUCUAGUGACAGCAGCGGCACAGGCUGAGUUUGAUA